AUGGAAAUGAACUUCGUGACUUUCAAUCAGGACUACAGCUACCUGGCUGUUGCAACGUCCAAAGGGUUUCGGAUAUUCACGACAGAUCCCUUCGCUAAGAGCCAUGAGACGAAGGAGGGGAAUAUCGCCAUUAUUGAGAUGCUCUUCUCGACGUCUCUAGUGGCUUUGAUUCUGUCGCCUCGUCGCCUUCAGAUCACUAAUACAAAGCGCCAAUCUACAAUAUGCGAAUUGACAUUCCCGACUACCGUGCUUGCAGUCAAGCUGAACCGGAAACGGCUGGUGAUCGUGCUAGAAGACCAGAUCUAUCUCUACGAUAUUCAGACCAUGAAGCUGUUGAAUACCAUCGCAACCUCACCGAACCCCAACGCUACUUGCGCCCUGUCACCCUCCUCGGACAACUGCUACCUCGCAUACCCUCUUCCACAGAAAGCGCCCCCUUCGUCGUUUCAACCGCCAGCUCAUGCGCCACCAGGAAGCACACAUGUCUCGCCAACAAGCGGCGAAGUUUUGAUUUUCGAUACCCUCAAGCUGGAGGCGAUCAACGUCGUGGAAGCGCAUCGAUCUCCAUUAGCAUGUAUCACUCUCAAUAGCGAUGGGACAUUACUCGCAACGGCUUCGGAUAAGGGAACGAUUGUUCGAGUGUUUUCGGUACCCGAUGGUCACAAGCUCUACCAAUUCCGCCGAGGCUCGAUGCCCUCCAGAAUCUACAGCAUGUCCUUCAAUACCACGUCCACCUUACUUUGCGUCUCAUCGUCGACCGAAACAAUUCAUAUCUUCAAACUGAGUCCUCAAAGCCAGGCUCCAGAAAGCUCCUAUUCGCCGGGAGGCUAUGACAGAGCGUCGAUCAGUCAAAGCUCCACGCUAACUCCCGAAUCCGAUGACAUGGGCGAAGAACGAUCACCAUCCGACUUCGCUUCUAGGAAACACAAUGGGACACUGAUGGGAAUGUUACGGCGGACGUCACAAAGCGUGGGGAGCUCCGUCGCAGCAAAGGUCGGGGGAUAUCUCCCGAAAGGUGUUAGUGAAAUGUGGGAACCAGCGCGCGAUUUCGCUUGGAUCAAAUUACCAAAGCCCAACCAAGGCCCUGGGGGCGCAGCCAGUUCCGGUCCGCUGAAGAGCGUGGUUGCUAUGAGCAGCAACACACCUCAGGUGAUGGUCGUAACUAGUGACGGCAACUUCUACGUCUUCAGUAUCGAUUUAUCGAAAGGAGGUGAAGGGACUCUGACAAAGCAGUACUCGGUACUCGAUUCGAACGACAGGCUGGGAUAUUCUGUGAUGGACUACUAG